GUGAUUACAAGUUGCCUCCUUCAAUCUCACUCAACCCCGUUUGACUACAAGAUCUGUGACUCCGCACCAAAUUUCUCGAUCAUCGACGGCUAAAAUAGCAGUGGCGACACCUACAAUCUGUUGUAUACGUUUCAUAAUUUGCAUUACAUCAAAUCCAUCGUUCACCCUAAAUCGAAUCAGCUAUAACUACACUAUCCGGGGAUCAUGAGUUCUCCUUCAGGUGCGAGCUUGUUUACAGGAUUUACGAGGCUGUGUAAAGGUCUAGCAGUAGUACUUGUUUGUGGAUACAUUGCUGUUCAGAUCUUCCCUUCUGUCCUUACUUACGUUGCACUAAUUCCUGCCAGGACAAUUCCUUUUGGUUGGAACCUCAUAACAGCUGGCUAUAUAGAACAAACAGUACAAGGGGUUCUUAGCAGCACAAUUGGUCUUCUUUUCAUUGGGAAGCUUCUUGAGCCCAUUUGGGGUUCUCGAGAGUUCUUGAAGUUCAUUUUCAUCGUCAAUUUCUUGACUUCCGUGUGCGUGUUCAUUACAGCCAUCUCCUUGUACUAUGUAACAAUGCAGGAAAAUUAUCUUUACAUGCCUCUUUCGGGCUUCAGCGGGGUGCUUUCAGGGCUUUUAGUUGGUGUGAAGCAGAUAAUUCCUGACCAAGAACUGUCUCUAUUAAAAAUUAAAGCGAAGUGGUUGCCAUCCAUCAUGCUAUUGGUAGCUAUUGCUUUAAGCUUCUUUACCAUAGAGCCAGCAGCAUACCUUCCAAUCUUGAUAUUUGGCACAUAUAUUGGUUGGAUUUACCUCAGAUACUUCCAAAGGAAACAGGAAACCAGACUUAAGGGUGACCCAAGUGAUGAAUUUGCCUUCUCUACUUUUUUCCCUGAAUUCAUGAGACCAGUGAUUGAUCCUAUCGCUUCAAUAUUUGAUCGGAUGCUUUGUGGAAGAUCUGAAGCAUCCAAUGAUGCUAGGGGCUACACAGUCGGCAGUGCUCCAUUGCCUGGUUCUGACCCCAUUGAAGCAACUAGGAGAAGGGAAAGGGGUGCCCGAGCAUUGGAGGAACGACUGGCAACAGAGAGAUUAACAGCUGUAGGAGCGAAGAGCAAGACAGAUGAAUCCGAUAUAGAUGCAAGUGAGAAUGUUUAACUAUAUAUGCAGAAAAAAUCGGAAUUCAUUGAGUUUGGGUAUGUGUAACUAUUCGUCUAUUUCGCUUGCUUUCCGAUCACAGCAGUGAGUGUUUUAGCCCGUUGACCUUGGGUCACGGUCCCUUAUAGCAAGAACGGUGCCUUGUCUGUUUUGUCUUUUUUUCGUUGGACGGUUGCACCGUGGUCACGUGGCUAUGGCUAAAGGGCUAAGAACACAAGAUGUUUGUAUCUGAAUAGUUGGAUCAUUGGAGAAGAUUUGUGAAUGAUCUAUCGUUAGUUAAAGUCUCUCGAUUCAUUAUUACUAUAAUCUAAGCGUCUUACU